AUGUCUGUUCCAGAAAAGAUCACUGGAAUUACCAGCAUUAAAAGUGUUGGAAGUCAUUUGGAUAUAGAAGAUCAUGAGAUUGAUUUAAGAGCCGUCGCAUCGAACGCAGUAUCCCUUGGUGACGUCGGUACCUCCUUAACUAACGAUCAGAAAUGGUUCAUCUUGAAACGUUUACACUUCGACCACUUGGUGUCCUUGGCUGAAUUGCCUGUUCAAGCCUCUUUCAUGAUUGAAAAGGUCGAAGGCUUGAAAAUAGAUGAAGCCGUUCAAAUAUUGAAGGAUGCUGCUGUGGAACAUGAGGAUGAUAUCAAUAUUCCUAGAGCUGAUUUAGACUUGAUCGACGACUUGAUCGCUAGUGCUGACUCUCACUCGUAUGUUAAUGAACCAUCUGACAUAAAGGAGAAAUUAGAUUAUGCUAUUAUUAAGGAUGAGAAGAGCAACACUGACCAGUCUUCACCUGAACAACCUACCGUCUUUGGUAAUAUAUAUGAUGUCGACUAUCAUCAAAUUGUUGAUUGGGAAUUGCAAGUCAGAUUAGAAGCUGCGUUGAUUGCUUAUCACUCUCCUUACCCAGAAGUUAGAGCUGUCAUUGAGCCUUAUGAUGAUCCUUCUAUUCCUGUUGAGACCGUCAGAGUUUAUAUUGCUGGUAUCAUCUGGACUGCCAUUGGUGCUGUCAUCAACCAAUUCUUUGCUGAAAGACAACCUGGUAUCACCUUAGACUCGUCUGUUGUUCAAAUCUUGCUUUAUCCUACUGGUUUGAUCUUGGAACGAAUUUUACCUAAAUGGAAAUUCAAGAUUUGGAAAUAUACCAUCGACUUGAAUCCAGGCCCAUGGAAUUACAAAGAACAGUUUCUAGCUACCUUAUUUUACUCAGUCUCCGGUGGUAGAAGUUACGUAUCAUAUAAUAUCCAUGUUCAAAAGAUGGCUAUGUUUUAUGAUAAUAAAUGGGUCGAUUUCGGUUACGAAGUAUUGUUGAUCUUAUCUAAUAACUUCUUAGGUUUCGGUUUUGCUGGUGUUAUGAGAAAGUUUACUGUGUAUCCAACUGCUGCUGUUUGGCCCACAUUAUUACCAACGAUUGCAUUGAAUAAAGCUUUGAUGCAGCCGGAGAAGAGAGAAGUUAUUAAUGGAUGGAAAAUAUCCAGAUAUUAUUUCUUUUUCCUUACUUUUGCAGCCCUGUUUGUUUACUUCUGGGUUCCAGAUUAUUUGUUUCAAGCACUUUCGUACUUCAAUUGGAUGACAUGGAUAGCUCCUGAUAACUUUAAUCUAGCUAUGAUUACUGGUUCAAUCUCCGGUUUAGGAUUGAAUCCUAUUCCAACAUUCGAUUGGAACAUCAUCAGUUUUAAUGGUCCUUUAUAUUUACCAUUCUACAAUCAGGUGAAUAAUUAUAUUGGAAUGAUGAUAGGUUUUUUCUGUAUCAUUGGUGUAUAUUGGUCGAAUUACAAAUGGACAGCUUUCUUACCUAUCAAUUCCAAUGGUUUAUUCACUAAUACUGGUGAGCGAUACGCAGUCACUGCAAUCCUUAAUGAAAGGGGUUUGUUGGAUGAAGCUAAAUAUCAAGAAUACGGUCCGCCAUUCUAUACCGCUGCUAACUUGGUCUUGUAUGGUGCGUUCUUUGCUCUUUAUCCAUUUGCUGUGGUCUAUGAAUGUACAUUGAACUACAAAUCUAUGUGGAAAGCAAUCAAAGGUCUUAGUAUUGGUUUCAAAAGUUAUAAUAAAUCCACCUUUGAAGGCUUUAAUGAUCCUCACACCACCAUGAUGAAAGCUUACAAGGAAGUUCCAGAUUGGGCGUUCUUGGUCAUCUUGGUUAUUUCAUUGGUUUUGGCUAUCAUCUGUGUGGAAAUCUAUCCCGCUGAAACUCCAGUGUGGGGUAUUUUCUUUGCUCUUGGUAUUAAUUUUGUUUUCUUGAUUCCAAUCACUGCUGUUUAUUCAAGAACUGGUUUCAGUUUCGGACUUAAUGUCUUGGUCGAAUUGAUUGUUGGUUAUGCUCUUCCAGGUAAUGGUUUAGCCUUGAACUUCAUCAAGGCCUUCGGUUACAACAUCGAUGGUCAAGCUCAAAACUAUAUUACUGAUCAAAAGAUGGCUCAUUAUGUUAAGAUUCCUCCCAGAUCAUUAUUCAGAGUUCAAAUCUUAUCUGUCUUCAUUGCUUCCUUCAUUCAAUUGGGUAUAAUCAAUUUUAUUAUCGGAAACAUUAAGAAUUAUUGUGAUCCUCAUAAUACUCAACACUUCACUUGUCCAAACUCUAGAACUUUCUACAGUGCAUCCAUUCAAUGGGGGGUCAUUGGUCCUAAGAGAGUGUUCAACGGUUUGUAUCCAAUUUUACAAUACUGUUUCUUAAUUGGUUUCUUGUUGGCUUUCCCUUGUAUUGCCUUUAAGAAGUAUGCUCCAAAGAAAUAUUCCAAAUACUUCGAACCAACUAUCAUUAUUGGUGGGUUCUUGAAUUAUGCUCCAUAUAAUUUAUCUUACUUUACUCCAUCUUUAUAUGCUUCUAUAGCUUUCAUGUGGUAUAUUAGAACGAGAUUCACAGCAUGGUGGAGUAAGUAUAAUUAUAUUUUAAGUGGAGGUUUGACUGCCGGUGUUGCAUUUUCAUCUAUCAUCAUCUUCUUUGCAGUCGAAUAUCAUGCUAAAGAUAUCGACUGGUGGGGUAAUUAUGUUUCAUUCAUCGGUAUUGAUGGUGGUAAUGGAAGACAAUCCUUAAAGAAUGUUACUGCUGAAGCACAUGAUGGAUAUUUUGGUCCAAGAAUCGGCAACUUCCCAUGA